AUGCCCCGUGCCCCCUACUUCAUGCCCUUGCUGCUACUGCUGCUGCUGCUCUCACUACCCCAUAUCCAGGCUGCCUUCCCCCAGGACCCCCUCCCUCUGCUGAUCUCUGACCUGCAAGGUACCUCCCCACUAUCCUGGUUCCGGGGGUUGGAGGAUGAUGCCGUGGCUGCACAACUUGGGCUGGAUUUUCAGAGAUUUCUGACCUUGAACCGGACCUUGCUGGUGGCCGCCCGGGAUCAUGUUUUCUCCUUCGAUCUUCAAGCCCAAGAAGAGGGGAAGGGGCUGGUGCCCAACAAGUAUCUAACAUGGAGGAGCCAGGAUGUGGAGAACUGUGCUGUGCGGGGGAAGUUGACGGACGAGUGUUACAACUACAUCCGUGUUCUCAUUCCCUGGGACUCCCAGACUCUCCUUGCCUGUGGAACAAACUCGUUCAGUCCUGUGUGCCGCAGCUAUGGGAUAACUUCACUGCAGCAGGAGGGUGAGGAGCUGAGUGGGCAGGCUCGAUGCCCCUUUGACGCCACCCAGUCCAAUGUGGCCGUCUUUGCAGAGGGCAGUCUGUACUCAGCCACAGCUGCGGAUUUCCAGGCCAGCGAUGCGGUAGUUUACAGGAGCCUCGGGCCUCAGCCCCCACUUCGCUCCGCCAAGUACGACUCCAAGUGGCUCCGAGAGCCACACUUCGUCCAUGCCUUGGAGCAUGGAGAUCACGUCUACUUCUUCUUCCGAGAAGUCUCUGUGGAGGAUGCCCGGCUAGGGAGGGUGCAGUUCUCCCGUGUAGCCCGUGUGUGUAAGCGUGACAUGGGUGGCUCACCUCGGGCCUUGGACCGCCAUUGGACUUCUUUCCUGAAGCUGCGGCUCAAUUGCUCUGUCCCUGGGGACUCCACCUUCUAUUUUGAUGUCCUCCAGGCCUUGACUGGGCCUGUAAACCUGCACGGCCGCUCUGCUUUCUUUGGGGUCUUCACCACCCAGACCAAUAGCAUCCCUGGCUCUGCGGUCUGUGCCUUCUACCUGGAUGAUAUUGAGCAUGGGUUUGAGGGCAAAUUCAAGGAGCAGAGAAGUCUGGAUGGGGCCUGGACUCCUGUGUCUGAGGAUAGGGUCCCUUCACCCAGGCCAGGGUCCUGUGCAGGAGUAGGUGGAGCUGCCUCGUUCUCCUCUUCUCGAGAUCUCCCUGAUGAUGUCCUGACCUUCAUCAAGGCUCACCCGCUGCUGGACCCUGCCGUGCCACCUGCCACACAUCAGCCACUACUCACCCUCACCAGCAGGGCCCCACUGACCCAGGUAGCUGUGGAUGGGAUGGCAGGUCCCCACAAUAACACCACAGUCCUGUUCCUUGGCUCCAACGAUGGGUCAGUGCUGAAGGUGCUGCCCCCAGGGGGACGAUCUGGAGGGGGAUCUGAGCCCAUCCUGUUGGAAGAGAUUGAUGCCUACAGUCCCUCUCGGUGCAGUGGGAAACGGUCAGCCCAAACAGCACGGCGGGUCAUGGGGCUUGAGCUGGACACUGAGGGUCACAGGCUUUUUGUGGCUUUUUCUGGCUGCAUUGUUCACCUCCCUCUCAGCCGCUGCACCCGGCAUGGGGCCUGUCGAAGGAGCUGUCUAGCUUCUCAGGACCCAUACUGUGGAUGGCAUAGCUCCCAAGGCUGUGUGGAUAUCAGGGGACCUGGUGGGACUGAUGUGGAUCGGGUUUGGGACCGGGAUGCCAUGGAGGAUGGUGACUGCCAAGAUGGAGCUACUGGAAGUCAGUCUGGCCCAGGGGAUUCUGCUUAUGUGCUUCAGGGUCCUGGCCCUUUCCCUGAGAUCCCCAGCCCCCCCAGUGAUGCCCACCCCCGGCCCCAGUCUUCCACUCUUGGAGUUCAUACUCAGGGCGUGCGCCGGGACCUCCCCCCAGCCUCGGCUUCCCGUUCAGUCCCCAUCCCACUCCUCCUGGCCAGCGUGGCCGCAGCCUUCGCCCUGGGCGCCUCGGUCUCUGCCCUCCUGGUCUCCUGCGCCUGUCGCCGCGCCCACCGCCGUCGGAGCAAGGACAUCGAGACCCCGGGGCUCCCGCGCCCUCUCUCCCUCCGCAGUUUGGCCCGGCUCCACAGUGGGGGCCCAGACCCCCCGCCGCCGCCCAAGGACGGAGACAUGGCACAGACACCCCAGCUCUACACCACUUUCCUGCCUCCCCCCGAAGGCGUGCCCCCGCCGGAGCUGGCCUGCCUGCCCACCCCAGAGUCCACGCCAGAGCUUCCAGUCAAGCACCUCCGCGCCGCCGGGGGCCCCUGGGAGUGGAACCAGAACGGGAACAACGCCAAGGAGGGCCCGGGACGCGCGCGGAGCGGGAAUCCAGCGGGCGGCCCCGCGCCGCGCGUGUUGGUGAGGCCGCCACCGCCCGGCUGCCCCGGGCAGGCCGUGGAGGUCACCACCCUGGAGGAACUGCUGCGCUACCUGCACGGCCCGCAGGCGUCAAGGAAAGGGGCUGAGCCCCCGCCCCCACCUCCUUUUACCUCACGGGCGCUCCCGCCGGAGCCCGCUCCCGCCCCGGCCCUCUUUGCAGGCUCCAGCCCCCUCCCCCGGGAAUGCGCCCCACCUCUGAGGCUGGACGUACCCCCAGAGGGGAAGUGCGCGGCCCCCGCCGCCCGGCCCGCGCUCUCCGCCCCCGCCCCCCGCCUGGGCGUCGGGGGGGCGCGGAGAUUGCCCUUUUCCCCGCUCCGUGCACCACCCGCCUUACUCACCCGAGUUCCCUCGGUAGGCCCCUCCAGAUACUCCGGGGGUCUCGGGAGGCACCUCCUGUACCUGGGCCGGCCCGAGGGGUAUCGGGGCCGCGCACUGAAAAGGGUGGACGUCGAGAAGCCCCAGUUGCCCCCAAAGUCUCCCCUCGUCAGUCCUUCCUCCCAGCCGGCCAUAUCUAACGGCAGCCAUUUUAACUUUUAAAGGGAGCUGCCCUGUAGCCUCAAGCGGGGCCCCUGAGGCCUAUGCCCUCAACGGCAGUGGGCGUGGACGCUUCUCCAAGGACAGACCACCUCCCUCCCUCCUGUUCCGCACCUCCAGCCUUCCCGGACUCCGAGAGUCUCCCGGGGUCCCCUCUCCGGCUCGGGUUUAUUUAUUGACUGUCUUUCCCUGUCCUCGAGAGAGGAGUGGGAGGUGAGAAGCCCGUCCCCUCAGUGAGCCAGCUUUUACGAGGGGAAUUGGCAGGCUCCCACUCCCCCCUCCCUUCCAGCCAAGCUGCCUUAACUCGCCCCUCCGGGCUUCCUCCAAGGACUGGGCCCGGGCGGGCCUCACGGCGGACUGUGGGGCGGGGGCCGAGCGCGUAGUGUACAGAGUUCUCGGGCCUCCUGGGACGUCCCUCCUCCUACUGUGUAGGAGCCUCCGCUUCCCAAUACAGCUGUGUCCCGGAGCCGUUGCCUGACUUUACUCGCGGAGGGGGAAGGACGGGUCUGGAAUGGUUGGUGCCCGCUCUGGGCGUCUUUGCUCCAGAAUCUUUGCCUUCAUCUUGGCCUUGAGCUCUCUCCUGAGUAAUUGGGAUGGCUGAAGUCCCAAGGGGGUUAAUCAGGAAAUGUUUCCUGAAGGAGGCAAGCGAAGACAUGGCGUGUGGAGAUGAGCCAGGGCCCAAGAGAACCGAGGUAGAGUUUACGGGAGGGCAGUCAGAGCAAGUUUCUGGACUGAGGAAGAAGGGAUUCAGGGUUUCUUGAUCUAUGGGUGUGGGUGUGUUUGUGUGUCAGUCAUUUUAGAAGAAAUAAAAUGAAGCUGCAGUGUAA